GGGCUUGAAGAAACAGUGGCUAUGGUAAUAUCGAUUCUUUUACUAAGCGCCCUUUCUUUAGCUGUCUUAUUAGACGUGCUUUCAAAUGCAUUCAACUUUGACUGUGGAUUUAUCAAUUGCUGGUCUUCAAUACCUACUCAAUCUCACUCGACGCAUCGAAUCGUUGUUGUUAUAUUUUCGGAACGUUAGUUUUCUAUCUGCCGGAAUUUUUCAAGUAAGCACUGCAGCAUCUAAAGACAUGUUAGAUAUUUUGAAUGCGUUUUAGUGUAGAAAAAGAAGACACCGAUAAAACCGUCGCUUUUUUGAAACGACGGUUUGAUGGAAAUUUUAAAGCAGUUUUUAUCUGAUUGCUUUUUUUACUGAUUAUUGUGUUUAUGUGACUGGACAUUGAAUAUGUUGUUGAAUUUGUUGAAAUAUGAUAAAGUCUUUGAUAAGUUGUUUUUCAUGACAUUGAGAUUUAGUUUUGAACCACAUUUGGAAAAGAAUCUUUUGACAGCCUUAAUAAAACCUCCACAUUCAUAUCUUUGUUUGAGCAAUUUCUUAUACAUAUUUCUACUUGCUCCAAGGUAUGUUUUAUACUCGUUGCAUGUAAGAGAUAAACGAAGGCGUUAUCAAUUACUGCAACAUAACCUAUAACUUUUGACAAAUUGGCUUUCAGAUUAAGGUAAUUGAGAAUGCUAAAUCCAUAUGUGUUUCGUCUAUCGUAUGGUUUGAUCACCGAUAGAAACAGCAAAUGUGAAAAUGACACCCUAAUCCAUAAGAAUAAUGUAUCGAGAAUAUUGAAUAUUAUUAGACUAAUGCAAUACUGAUUUGCACAUAUAAGUUGAGUUGAGACGCCCUAAGUUUGAAUAUAUAAUUUGUCACUUUUCUUACUGCCCAUUGUCAUCAAUAUUUGCUUCAAUUUUAGAUUGUUUUCCACAUACUCUGAGUAUGCUUACAAUCAAAGAAAUUAAACAAUGUUAUUUUUGGUUACUUCCAUCGUUGGGAAAUGUUCAUCCGCUUGGUGGUUUUAUUCCAUUUACAAUUGCUUUGAUAUUCUGCUGCUUAUUAAUAGUAUUUAUUUAUCCUGUUUAGUUGAAUAAUGAUAAACAACUACAAAAUACAAUAAUAAAAAUUCGUGAUGAUGCCGACCGAUUUGUUGAAAAAAUAAAAAAUAACGAAAACCUUGUUAAAGAAUUUGAUUGGUUAAAGAAUUUUCAAACGGCUAUUAAAUUCUUAAGUGUAAUAUCACAAACUAUAGGACGUAUACAUUUAAUUCGUUAUUUAUUCGCUGUUUAUAAUAUCUUUUUUAUGGAAAGUAAUAUUGUCGAAAAAAGUAUCUAG